CUCCUCUCCUCCGCGGGCUGAUUGUACUUCCUGGGCUUCCGUAGUUGAAAGUGUAAACAGCGGGGUAGGCGCCCUGUUGGUUUCAAAUAUCUCUCUUUCAGGGGACCUGGUGAUGUGUGACAUGCGUCAGUCGUUGCUACGUCGAGAUGCGCUGAGCGCCGCUAAAGAGGUGCUGUAUCAUCUGGACAUCUACCUGUCUGGCCAGGUUCAGAAUAGCCCCUCCCCCUCAGUGGACACCACCACUCUGGAACUGGUGGAGGAGUUUAUACUGCACAGGAGGAUGAGUGCCUUACAGGAACUGCAGCUGUUGGAGAUCAUGUGCAGCUGUUUCCAGGAACAGAGUCGAGACGCUGUGAGACAACUCAUCUUCUCUGCUCUGUUCACUCUACAAGGUAACCAGGCUGACGAGAGUCGCAUGGCGUUGCUAGGCAAGCUAGUCUCCAUGGCAAUCGCUGUGGGCAGGGUCCCCAUCCUGGAGUGUGCUGCUACCUGGUUACAGCGCUCCCAUCCUGUCUACUGUAGAAGACUAGCCAGAGUGCUGGUGGAUGACUAUUGUUCCCUACUUCCUGGUUCCAUGGUUCCAACCCUCAACAACCUCAGCUCUUCCUGUCCUCCAUUCUGCUGCCAGUUCAUCACUGCCGUUACCACCCUGUAUGACCUCUCUACAGAGGAGUUGACUCUCCCUGUACAGCUGUUACAGAUGGUGGUGUCGUGGAUCCGAGACCACCCUCGAUUGGUCCUCAUCACUCUGCUGAACACGCCCCCCUCGUCCAGCCAGCCAAUCGGCUCCCUGGACCUCACACCGCUGGCUGGGCUGGUGCGCUGGUGUGUCAAAGCCCCAUUGGCUUACAGAAGAGACGGGAAGCAGGGCUUGGCCAAUGGGACGACAGAGACUGAGCUGGAGGCAGGGCCUCUCUUCUCUGAGCUACAUCUCAGUGUUCUACAGGUGUUGCUGCUCCUCCCGGGCAUUCUGAGAGAGAAGGGGCUUCUGGGUCGUCUGGCGUUGCUGCAGCCCGACCAGCUGACUUCUCUGAUCUCUGACCUCUCUGGUGAUCUGGAGGAACUGAACCCUCUCCACUCCGAUACACAAACACACAUCCAGCUCACUCUGGAUAGGCUGGCCCAGGCCCUGCAGGUCUCCAUGGCAGCAGGGGCGCUGCUCUGCUCUAGAGAGGACCUGAGAGCUCUCUGUUCCCGCCUCCCACACAACAAUUUGCUCCAGCUGGUGAUGUCUGGUCCAGUGCAGCAGAGUGGAUUCUACCCCCACAUCCACACCCCUCCCCUGGGGUACAGCCCCCGGCCCGGCCCCUUAGGACCUCACCCCUCCUCUCACUCUCCUCACACCUCCUUCCCUUCUCAACCUUUCCUUCCAAGCAUGGCCUUUCCCUUCCGCCCCAGCCACUGAAGAGAUGUGUGGACACAUGGAAGACAACAACAUUGGUGUAUACUGAGUAUUUGGACCGUUAGUAAAACAAAUUGAUUUUACAAUGUUUCAUUAAUAAAUUGUAUGCCCUCCCACCUAUCUGUUCAUUAAUAAAUUGGUGACAGCCUGUAUGCCCUCCCACCUGUCUGUUCGUUAAUAAAUUGACCACAGCCUGUAUGCCCUCCCACCUGUCUCUUCAUUAAUAAAUUGACCACAGCCUGUAUGCCCUCCCACCUGUCUGUUCGUUAAUAAAUUGACCACAGCCUGUAUGCCCUCCCACCUGUCUGUUCAUUAAUAAAUUGACCACAGCCUGUAUGCCCUCCCACCUGUCUGUUCAUUAAUAAAUUGACCACAGCCUGUAUGCCCUCCCACCUAUCUGUUCAUUAAUAAAUUGACCACAGCCUGUAUGCCCUCCCACCUGUCUGUUCAUUAAUAAAUUGACCACAGCCUGUAUGCCCUCCCACCUGUCUGUUCAUUAAUAAAUUGACCACAGCCUGUAUGCCCUCCCACCUGUCUGUUCAUUAAUAAAUUGACCACAGCCUGUAUGCCCUCCCACCUAUCUGUUCAUUAAUAAAUUGGCGACAGCCCUUAUGCCCUCCCA